ACGUGGUCUCCGCAGCAACGGGGUUGGGGCUGUUCUUCCGGGUUGCUGGAGCCGCGGGGCUGGAGCCUGGGUCUGCCAGCGCGACGUCCGCUCGCGGCCCGCGGACGCCUGGUCUCCCCGCCAAGUGAUUUACCUUGAAGGAAAUUGGGGAUCCAGAAAAUCGGGAACUUCCUGUGAACAUGGCGAACUUACUGAAAACAGUGGUGACUGGCUGUUCAUGCCCUUUCCUCAGCAAUUUGGGGUCCUGUAAGGUUCUACCAGGGAAGAAGAAUUUUUUACGAACAUUUCAUACUCAUCGGAUUCUGUGGUGUAAAGCCCCUGUAAAACCAGGAAUUCCAUAUAAGCAACUAACUGUUGGGGUCCCCAAAGAGAUUUUCCAAAAUGAGAAGCGAGUGGCGUUGUCUCCUGCAGGCGUUCAGGCCUUGGUCAAGCAGGGGUUUAAUGUUGUUGUGGAAUCUGGCGCAGGUGAAGCUUCCAAGUUCUCAGAUGAUCACUACAGAGCAGCAGGUGCCCAGAUCCAAGGGGCGAAGGAAGUGCUGGCUUCUGAUUUGGUGGUCAAAGUGCGAGCCCCUAUGCUUAACCCAACAUUAGGUAUUCAUGAAGCUGAUCUUUUAAAGACAUCGGGUACACUGAUCAGUUUUAUUUACCCAGCCCAAAAUCCAGACUUGCUAAAUAAAUUGUCCAAAAGGAAUACGACAGUUCUGGCAAUGGACCAGGUUCCAAGAGUCACAAUUGCUCAGGGAUACGAUGCGCUAAGCUCCAUGGCCAACAUUGCUGGUUACAAGGCGGUUGUACUAGCAGCAAAUCAUUUUGGACGGUUUUUUACUGGUCAGAUCACAGCUGCUGGAAAAGUUCCUCCAGCUAAGAUUCUGAUAGUUGGUGGUGGUGUUGCUGGGCUGGCUUCUGCAGGUGCAGCCAAGUCCAUGGGUGCCAUUGUUAGGGGAUUUGAUACAAGGGCCGCAGCUUUGGAGCAGUUUAAGUCUUUGGGUGCUGAGCCCUUGGAGGUGGAUUUGAAGGAAUCUGGUGAGGGACAAGGAGGAUACGCAAAGGAGAUGUCCAAAGAGUUCAUUGAGGCCGAAAUGAAGCUCUUUGCUCAACAGUGUAAGGAGGUGGACAUCCUUAUCAGCACAGCGCUUAUUCCAGGUAAAAAAGCUCCCAUUUUGUUUAAUAAAGAAAUGAUCGAGUCCAUGAAGGAAGGUUCAGUUGUUGUGGAUUUAGCUGCUGAGGCUGGCGGAAACUUUGAAACCACCAAGCCAGGAGAACUUUAUGUUCAUAAGGGAAUUACUCACAUAGGCUACACAGACCUUCCCAGCCGAAUGGCCACUCAGGCCAGCACCCUGUAUUCCAACAACAUCACCAAGCUUCUGAAGGCUAUCAGCCCGGACAAAGAUAAUUUUUACUUUGAAGUGAAAGAUGACUUUGACUUUGGUACAAUGGGUCACGUCAUUAGAGGAACUGUAGUGAUGAAGGAUGGCCAAGUGAUUUUCCCUGCUCCCACACCGAAAAAUAUUCCUCAAGGUGCCCCAGUAAAACAGAAGACAGUGGCAGAGCUGGAGGCUGAAAAAGCAGCUACUAUCACGCCCUUUAGGAAGACGAUGACAUCGGCUUCUGUCUAUACAGCAGGUCUCACUGGGAUACUAGGUUUGGGCAUCGCGGCUCCCAAUUUAGCCUUUUCCCAGAUGGUGACCACUUUCGGCUUGGCUGGCAUUGUGGGCUAUCAUACUGUCUGGGGGGUGACUCCUGCUCUCCACUCACCGCUGAUGUCUGUGACUAAUGCAAUCUCAGGGUUGACUGCAGUCGGUGGGUUGGUGCUGAUGGGAGGACACUUGUAUCCUUCCACAACUUCUCAGGGCCUUGCUGCUCUUGCUACGUUCAUAUCCUCAGUCAACAUUGCAGGUGGCUUUCUGGUGACUCAGAGAAUGCUGGACAUGUUCAAGCGUCCCACUGACCCUCCAGAGUAUAAUUACCUGUAUCUGCUCCCUGCUGGUACCUUUGUUGGAGGAUAUUUAGCCUCCCUCUACAGUGGUUAUAACAUUGAACAGAUUAUGUACCUGGGCUCUGGCCUUUGCUGCGUUGGUGCCCUGGCCGGGCUUUCCACCCAGGGGACUGCACGUCUUGGCAAUGCUCUGGGCAUGAUUGGGGUGGCUGGAGGCCUGGCAGCCACCCUCGGAGGCCUAAAACCGUGUCCAGAAUUGUUAGCGCAGAUGUCUGGAGCAAUGGCUUUGGGCGGUACCAUUGGAUUGACAAUUGCGAAACGCAUCCAGAUUUCUGAUUUACCUCAGUUGGUUGCUGCUUUCCACAGUUUAGUGGGACUGGCAGCUGUGCUUACAUGCAUAGCUGAGUACAUCAUAGAGUAUCCACAUUUCGCUACGGAUGCGGCAGCCAAUCUUACCAAGAUCGUGGCCUACCUCGGUACUUACAUCGGUGGGGUCACCUUCAGUGGGUCUUUGGUUGCCUAUGGAAAAUUGCAGGGAAUCCUGAAGUCCGCCCCUCUCCUGCUCCCUGGGAGGCACCUCCUCAACGCAGGCCUGCUGGCUGCCAGCGUGGGUGGGAUCAUCCCCUUCAUGAUGGACCCCAGCUUCACCACUGGCAUCACCUGUUUGGGCUCUGUGUCAGCCCUCUCUGCUGUCAUGGGUGUGACUUUGACGGCUGCCAUUGGGGGUGCUGACAUGCCCGUGGUCAUCACUGUGCUGAACAGCUACUCAGGCUGGGCCCUGUGUGCAGAGGGCUUCCUGCUCAACAACAAUCUGCUGACCAUUGUGGGCGCGCUUAUUGGCUCCUCGGGCGCUAUCCUGUCCUACAUCAUGUGUGUGGCAAUGAAUCGCUCCCUGGCUAAUGUGAUUCUUGGAGGCUAUGGUACCACUUCAACAGCUGGUGGAAAACCCAUGGAAAUUUCUGGCACGCAUACAGAAAUCAACCUUGACAAUGCAAUUGACAUGAUUCGAGAAGCUAAUAGCAUUAUUAUUACUCCAGGCUACGGCCUCUGUGCAGCCAAAGCUCAGUACCCCAUUGCUGAUUUGGUGAAGAUGCUCUCUGAACAAGGCAAAAAAGUCAGGUUUGGAAUUCACCCAGUUGCAGGCCGGAUGCCUGGUCAGCUUAAUGUGCUGCUGGCUGAGGCUGGGGUGCCAUAUGAUAUUGUGUUGGAAAUGGACGAGAUCAAUCAUGAUUUCCCAGACACUGAUUUGGUCCUUGUAAUUGGAGCUAAUGACACUGUUAAUUCAGCGGCUCAGGAAGACCCCAACUCCAUCAUCGCAGGCAUGCCAGUCCUUGAAGUCUGGAAAUCAAAGCAGGUCAUUGUUAUGAAGAGGUCGCUAGGUGUUGGCUAUGCUGCAGUGGACAAUCCAAUCUUCUACAAACCUAACACAGCCAUGCUUCUAGGCGAUGCCAAGAAGACGUGUGAUGCUCUGCAGGCGAAAGUUAGAGAAUCCUAUCAGAAGUAAAAUAUAAAAAUCAAACCACCUCUUCACUUGUGGGAACAGGCAAAUAAAUUAUUGACAUAUACAGCUGAUACACAUCUGUAGCAAAACUCUUGGAAGAAAAGGAAGACUCUGAAGAAACAAAGCAAAUAAACGGAAAAUUUUCAAGAGCCGCGAUCCAUCAAUUUUAAAAAAGGAUUGAUAAUUCUAAAUGUCUUUCUGUGCAUAUUUUUUUGUUAUGAAUUCCAAAAGUAUUUUACAAAAGGAGAAAAAAAGUCUCAUUUUAGGUAUAAUCCAUUCAGAUUUUCCUCAAUAGUCAGCAUUAUUUUAAGAAAUUAAGUCUAUGAUUUUUGGGACUUACAUUAUACAUGGAUUUGAAAAAAUCUGACACAGUGUAAACAUUACAGCCACCUGCAUUUAUUUUUUUUUUUUUACAAAAUGUGACUAAUUUGAAACUUUUUAUCAACUCUUGAGCUAUCUUCUUAACCAUUUAACCAUAAUCUGAGUUAAGCAUAUCAAAUUGGUUUCAGUUUUUCACACUGUAUUUUAAAGUCUGUAUUCAAGGGUAUAUUUUCUCACUUCUAUUUUAAUACAUUAAAGGACUAGAUAAUCUUUCAGAGAUGCUGGAAGCAAAUCAUUUGCUUUGUAUGUUUCAUUAGAACACCAAUGAAACAUGUAACUUGAAAUCAGUAUUAGCUGUAUUUUUUAAACCCAUUUCCAAUUGGAGAUCUCUUUUAAUUUCAGUUUAUAUGUGUAGUACUGUAUUAAGUGCACUUGAAUGAAAUUCUACUAUUUGCCUAAUAAAAUGAGUUCAUCAUGUUUGCAUAGUGAUGUAGCAGUUGUCUCUGGUGACUAAAGGCUAAAAUCAAAUAAUUCUGCCUGUUGUUAACAUCUGAGGAAGGAAUUGCUGUCAUGAAAUAGAUGAGAUUAACUUGUUUUACCUGUUUGGAAGAAUGACUUUUUCCCUAAAUCAUUGUGUAUUUGAAGGUGUUAUGUAAAUGAUAACGUUUGAGAGAAAUGGUGGCAUUUUUCUAGCUACCUCUUUGUUUAAGCACCAGUAAAGAUUCUGCCUUUUUGGCACCAGUAAAGAUUGUCCUUUUGCAGUAAA